AUGAAGUACACCUCCGCUAUUCUACUCGCUCAAGUCGCUUUUGUUGCAGCACAGUCAUCCUCGGGGUCUGUUACCGGCAGCGCUGCCCCCGCUCCGGGUGCGGGGUCGGGCGCAAGCAUUUCUAGCACCACGACAGUCACCGCCUCAGGUUCUGGACCAGGCGCGACGUCCGGUGCUAGCUCCGGUGCAGCAGGCGGGGCCGCUGGCGGGGCCGCAGGUGGCGCCGCAGGUGGCGCCGCAGGUGGCGCCGCCGGUUCUAACUCCGGCAACUCUGGCUCCAAUGGAUCUGGCUCCGGCCCAGAACACUCUGGACCAGAACACUCCGGCCCAGAGCACUCUGGACCAGAGCACUCUGCCGAGCACGGAUCUGCGGGCUCUGGGUCCGCGACUUCUGCGCCUGCCAGCUCUUCGACCGAGUCUUCAGGGUCGAGCUCGUCGGGCUCGUCCUCCACGGGUUCUUCUGGGUCCGGCGCGUCUACUCGGACUACAGGGACGACUGCCGCAAGCGCAAGCACGGAUGCAGCCGGCGUUGUCGGUAUCCCGGCUGCAGCUGCCGUUAUCGCAGCUGCGAUGGCUCUAGUCUAA